AUGAUCACUGCCCUCGCACACGUUAACCUCCUCGUUCCGCCGGGGACACUCGACCAGGCGAACGAGUUCUAUGCGGGGACGCUGGGCCUCAUCUCCACUCCGGUUCCGCAGUUGCAGAAGGGCACUUUGGCGUGGUUCAACAUCGUUCCCGACGGCAGCCAACAAGUCCACAUCGCGUUCGGGACCAACGAGCCCAAUUCUUCGCGCCAUCCAUGCUUUCGAGUCGGUUCAUUAGAGGCUUUGCAGCAGUUGCAGAAGAGAGUUUGGGAGCAUCAUGUUCGUGGUGGAUCAGCGGCUCCUUUGGCGGUUGAUAAGCCUGGGGAGAAGAAUUCAGGCGCACAGGGAGUAGAGUACCCGACGAGGUUCUUCGCGAGGGAUUACGCUGGAAAUAGGCUUGAAUUUACCUUAUAG